UCCAUUUCAUCCCUCCCUUCUUCUUCUGCUUCUCCUUCUUCUUUCCCACAUUCCCAAUUUCUCUCUUCACAACAAUCCCUGUAUCUGCUUCUUCAAUACCAUCCCAAAUGAGACCUCACGAACCUUACUCCGACACUGACAGCGUCGGCAGCGUUACACGCGGCGACCGUAGAGCCUUCAGCGGCCCCAUUUCAUCCACCACCACCACCAAGCCAAAGAAGAACGCCAAAUUCGACCUCUCUUCUGCUUCUUCCUCCACCAACGCCGCCGAUGACGACGAAACCUAUGUCGAAAUCACCCUCGACAUUCGCGAUGACUCCGUCGCCGUCCACAGCGUCCACACCGCCGGUGCCGGCCAGGAUUCCAACUCCCUUGAAGACCCUGAACUUUCCCUUCUCGCCAAACGAACUCUGGAGAAGAAAUCUUCCUCCUUUCGGGCUUCUCUUCUCCGCUCCACCUCUUCCCGUUUCAAACAGGUCUCUCAGGAGCUCAAACGAUUCACCUCCCUCACCCGCCGGACCUCCACUCGUCGCUUCGACCGGACCAAGUCAGCCGCCACACAUGCUCUCAAGGGGCUCAAGUUCAUCGCCGCCAAGACCGGUGGUGGUGGGGCCUCCGCCGGUUGGGGUCCGGUCGAGAAGCGGUUCGAUGAACUCACCGCCUCCACGAACGGUCUCCUCCCCUCCUCCUUGUUCGGGGAGUGUAUUGGAAUGAACAAAGACUCCAAAGAAUUUGCCGGAGAGCUGUUCCGUGCACUUGCUCGUAGGCGUAACAUUACUAGUGAUUCCAUCAACAAAGCUGAACUCAAAGAGUUCUGGGAUCAGAUCUCCGAUGACAGCUUCGAUUCCAGGCUUCAAACGUUCUUCGACAUGGUAGAUACGGACGCAGAUGGAAGAAUCACAGAAGAAGAAGUGGAAGAGAUUAUUAGCAUGAGCGCUUCUGCAAACAAGCUUUCUACCAUUCAAAAACAAGCAAAGGAAUACGCGGCCUUGAUCAUGGAAGAGUUGGACCCUGGGAAUGCAGGCUACAUCAUGAUACACAAUUUGGAGACUCUGUUGUUGCAAGCUCCGAAUCAAUCGGUGAGGGUGAGUGACAGCCGAGUUCUGAGCCAGUUACUGAGCCAAAAGCUGAAGCCCACAAACGAGACCAACCCCAUCCAAAGGGCGUACGAGAAGUUCCAGUACUUCGUGGAGGACAAUUGGCAGAGGAUUUGGGUGAUUUUGCUGUGGCUCGGCAUCUGUGGUGGUCUCUUCGCUUACAAAUUCAUCCAAUACCGCCACAGGGCCGUGUUUAAUGUCAUGGGCUACUGCGUUUCCAUUGCCAAAGGAGGAGCCGAGACUCUCAAGUUCAACAUGGCCCUCAUUCUGCUCCCUGUUUGUCGAAACACCAUCACUUGGCUUCGCAACAAAACCAAACUAGGGGUUGUCGUCCCCUUCGACGACAAUCUCAACUUCCACAAGGUUAUAGCCGUGGGAAUUACAGUGGGAGUGGGAUUACACGGACUCGCGCAUUUAACAUGCGAUUUUCCUCGGCUUCUUCACGCGACGGAGGAAGAAUACGAGCCAAUGAAGCGGUUCUUUGGAGAGGAGCAACCGCAAAACUACUGGUGGUUUUUGAAGGGAGUUGCGGGAGUUACGGGGAUUAUAAUGGUGGUGCUAAUGGCCAUAGCUUUCACGCUCGCCACUCCAUGGUUUAGAAGAAACAAACUGAAUGUACCCAAACCCCUCAAAAGGCUCACCGGGUUCAAUGCCUUCUGGUACUCCCACCACCUCUUCGUCAUCGUCUACGUCCUCCUCGUCGUCCACGGCAUCUACCUCUACCUCACCAAGGAAUGGUACAAAAAGACGACAUGGAUGUAUUUGGCGAUACCUGUUGUCCUUUACGGGUGCGAGAGGUUGAUAAGAGCAUUCAGAUCGAGUAUCAAGCCAGUGAAGAUCCUUAAGGUGGCUGUUUAUCCCGGAAACGUUCUGGCACUGCACGUCUCAAAGCCACAUGGAUUCAAAUACAAGAGUGGACAGUACAUGUUUGUUAACUGCCGAGACGUAUCCCCCUUCGAGUGGCAUCCGUUUUCAAUAACUUCAGCUCCCGAAGAUGAUUACUUGAGUGUCCACAUUCGGACACUGGGAGAUUGGACAAGGCAGCUCAAGAAUGUUUUCUCGGAGGUCUGUCAGCCUCCUCAAGCUGGAAAGAGUGGACUUCUUAGAGCCGAGUUCAUGCAAGGAGGAGCUCCUAACCCCAAAUUCCCAAAAAUAUUGAUCGACGGUCCAUAUGGAGCACCAGCACAAGACUACAAGAAAUAUGACGUGGUAUUGCUAGUGGGACUAGGAAUUGGAGCGACGCCUAUGGUGAGCAUAGUGAAGGACAUAAUUGACAACAUAGAGGAGAAAGAGGCAGAAGCGAACGCAGUAGAGAGCGGGCAAGGGCACAGCAGGCGAGGCGGGAGCAAGCACGGGAAAGGGUUCAAGACCCGGAAGGCAUACUUCUAUUGGGUGACGCGAGAGCAAGGGUCAUUCGAAUGGUUCAAAGGGAUAAUGAACGAAGUGGCAGAAAUGGACGAGAGGGGAGUGAUCGAGCUUCACAACUAUUGCACGAGCGUGUACGAAGAAGGGGAUGCUCGGUCGGCUCUGAUAGCAAUGCUUCAGUCGUUGCACCACGCGAAGAGCGGGGUGGAUGUGGUGUCGGGAACUCGAGUGAAGUCUCAUUUUGCGAAGCCUAAUUGGCGGCAAGUGUACAAGAGGAUUACCCUUCAGCACCCGGACACUCGCGUUGGGGUGUUCUAUUGUGGGGCACCCGCACUGACCAAGGAGCUGAAGCAAUUGGCAUUGGAUUUCUCUCGGAAAACAUCCACUAAGUUCGAGUUCCAUAAAGAAAACUUCUAGAGUGGAGUUUUGAUGGAAGAAGGUGAAAGGUUUUUGGUGCGCACUUAGGAACCCACUCCACCACCGAGGCCAUUAAUUACACGCCCAUUACCAUAGCUUACACGCCCAUUACCAAUAGCCGCCGCGUUUAUUCAUAUUCUUCUUCUUUCCUUCUUUAAUUUCUUGCAAAACUUGUAUCUUAGUUCUGUCAUAUUUUUUUGCCAAUUAUAUAUACACACACCAAGUAAAUAUGUAGCAAGAAACCUAGAUGGGAUUUUACUUCUUCAUUAUUUCUCUUUCAAACAAUAA